UACUGGUUCCUACUGAAUACAUACACUUGUAAAAACUAACCAAUAUAUAGUUUCAUAUUUAAAAAAAGAAAGAAAAAAGGCUCAUUGGCUGCUGUAGUACCACAGUGUGACCCAGUGAUGUGUUUCUAAUAGUUUUGGACAACAAUGGAGCUCUAUGGCACAGAGGAAGAUAUAUAUAUAAUAUAUCAGACUGCGAAUACACACACAAUACUUGUUUGUAGGAUACAUUGAUUGUUGGUUUGGGUCCUAUCAUGGGAUUUGCUGACAGUAAGAAAUGUACAUUGUAUUGGCAGCAUUGUCAUUUCAAACGACACCAAGUAAUCCCAUAAUUUCCCAUAAUUUGUUUCAGUUCAUAAAUGUCCUUUUUCACCCCCCUAUAGCAAAGACAACUUCAAGAUGCCCUCUUCAGUCCAUUGUUUCCUCUUUAACGAGGUCAAUUAACCAUACAGGUGUCUUUUACCACAGGCCGCUACCAAUGAGCAAUCAGUUCCCACAGCACUGAGAACCAUUUAAAAGCAGCUGUUGUAGAUUGAAGCCACUACGGAGCAGCUCCUGCAGUCUUUUGGUGAGAAGUUCCAAACCCUUACUGUAUCUGCAAUUUACCCACUUACCUGUGCUACAAUGAGGGUGCUACUGGUUUCAUGUCUGCUGAUCAGGAGCGUUACCUGUGGCCCUGCGUGGAAAGGCUCGAGCAGUGAUGAUCCAAGCUUUAGGCAGCGGCCACUUUCUCCUGGGUAUUGGUUCAGUGGCACAGGGGUGAGUUCUGACCCGGGCAGCAGCUCCUCUCUACCAAGUCUACCCAACCCAAACUCUGUCAAAGCUGCUCAAGAUGCCACUAACAUGGCUCCGUCAUUCGGUGGCUACGCUAAUGUCUGGGAUGGCGGCUAUAGCAACCCCAAGGCAGGCAAUUAUGAGGUCUCUUAUGCCGCUCAACCUAGCGGGUAUUACGGCAGUGCUCCAGUUGGUGACUAUGCUAGUGCUUAUGUAGGGGACAGUUCUUACGGGUUCAGUGUGUCCCCUCAAGAUGAGAGCCAGAGCUCUGGAUCUGCUACGGGCACUGAGUUCGGCGACACAAACCCCGAACCAGUCUUCAGUGACGUGUCUGAUCUGGAGCCACUGUACUCCUUCAGCUCUCGUUCGCGCUACCAGCGAGGAAGGGCAAUGUUGGCUCAAAGCCGCUACACCCCAGGAGAGGCCGUUCUCCCCAUGGCAGCAGCCAGACGCAGUAGUAAAACCCCUUCAAAGCAAAGCAGCCCUGCUAAAGCACCACCCAAAGGUGGCUUCUAAAGGUUGUUCUGGUUUAAUGUCCCAGAUGACUCAUUGAUGAUGCCAAUAAAUUCUAACCUUCA